GAGCUACCAAUCAAACACAGACCAUAAUCAUCAUUUUCAGCAAGAUCAAUUCGAAAACCCUAAUCCAGCCAAAGAAAAGACGUACUCUUCAUCGUCUGACAGUGAUGGCUUUAUGGAGAAAAGACAAGCAAGCAGUGGUUUAGCGGGUUUCAUCAAAAAUCCUUAUGUUUGCUUUACUGCCAUUUUUGCUUCAAUUGGUGGUGUUUUGUUUGGCUAUGACCAAGGUGUUAUUUCUGGAGUGCAAGAAAUGAAUGACUUUGUAAACCGAUUCCCUCUGAAUUCUACACAAACUGGUUUUAUGGUCUCUAUUUUAGAACUCGGUGCCUGGGCCGGUUCUUGGGUGAUUGGUUAUUUUGCUGACAAGAUCAGUAGAAAGUAUUCUAUUGUAUUGGCUACAGUUAUCUUUCUUUUGGGUAGUGCUAUUCAAGGUGGUGCUCAAAACGUUAGUUAUUUAUUAGGUGGUCGAUUCGUCACUGGUAUGGGUGUUGGCUCCCUUAGUUUAUUAGUUCCUCUUUACCAAUCUGAAAUCUCUCCUCCUGAAAUUCGUGGUUCACUUGUUUCUCUGCAACAAUUAGCAGUAACUUUUGGUAUUUUGAUUUCUUUCUGGAUUGACUACGGUAUGACUCGAGUCCAAGGUCAAGCUUCAUGGCGCGUUCCUCUUUGUAUCCAAAUUGCAUUUGCUCUUGUCCUUGGUGUCGGUAUCUUGUUCUUCCCCUUUUCUCCACGCUGGCUCAUGGGUAAAGGUAGAGAAGAAGAAGCUCUUCAAGUGAUUUCCAAAUUACGUCGUCUUCCUCUUGACCACCCUUAUGUCAUGGAAGAAUGGAAAGAAAUCAAGGCUACUGUCGAAUUUGAUCGCCAUAUUGAAAGACAACAAUACCCUCAAUACGUUGACAAAGGCAGCAAAGGCCGUGCUAUGAUUGAACUCAUGGGUUACCGUGAACUCUUCCGAAAGGGUAUCUUUAACCGUGUUGCUAUUGGUAGUCUUAUCAUGUUCUUCCAACAAUUUACUGGUAUGAAUGCUCUUAUUUACUAUGCUCCCAAGAUUUUCCAAUCGGUUGGCUUGACUGGUGAAUCUGUCUCUCUUUUGGCUACUGGUGUUGUUGGUAUCAUCAACUUUGUUAUGACUUUCCCCACUGUCUUUUUAUUGGAUAUUGUCGGUCGUAAGAUUGCCCUGAUGGUUGCUUCUAUUAUCAUGGCAAUUUGUAUGAUCAUUGUAGCCAUCAUCACCGCUCUUUUUCAACACGAUUGGCCAAACCACACAGCUGAAGGCUGGGUCAGUGUUGCUUUCAUCUAUGUCUUUAUUGCCUGCUUUGCUUGCUCUUGGGGUCCCAUUGGUUGGGUUAUUCCUGCAGAAAUCUUCCCCUUACGUGCUCGUGCUAAAGCUAUGAGUGUCACUACUUCCUCUAAUUGGAUGAAUAACUUUAUUAUCGGUUUAAUUGUACCCGUUAUGCUUGAAAACAUUACGUAUGGUACCUAUAUUUUCUUUGCUUGUUUCUUGGUGUUAUCAUUCUUCUUUGUUUGGUUCUUUGUACCAGAAACUAAGGGCAGAUCGCUUGAGGAAAUGGAUGAAAUUUUUGGUGGUCAAUCUGCUAUUCAUGACGCUGAAAUCAUGAAUGAAGUUCAGAACAAGAUCAAUCAACAUUCAAUUGGACAAACAAGUAAAACAGAACCUACUGUGUAAUAGCUAUAUUUUGUUUCCUUCUGUUUAUUUAUCUAUAUAUAUAUAUAUAUAUAUAAUUUCUAAUAAAGUUCUGACUU